GAAACAUAAUUUGGGUGCAGUGACGUGCCAAGCCUAACAGUAUAAACACGCCAUAAUUAAACAUUGUACGACCAAUAGAAAUGGAAUUUCGCACCUUCAACAGUUUGGAAAUAAGUUACGGGAAUCCUGGAGACACCAUUGAGCUAUCAGAGAAACUUAAAGCUCCUGCAAAUGACAAAAGCACUGAAAAUUCCCAACCCCGCCUCAGCCAAAUGGAAUUAAUGCAAAACAAAACAGGAUCGGGACAAUUUGCAGCCGCAGGAGGGUUGGAGGCUGAUGUCGGUAUUAAACUGGACUCACAACAGGAACCCCAUCACUCAUCCACGCUAGAAAAGUGGAGCACUCUGGUCGCCUCACACACGGUAGCCGGAAAAUAUGCCGAAGCAGAAGAUAUCUGCAGAGAGAUUUUGGCCAUUGAAACCGAACAUCUCGGCCCAAACCAUCCUUCAACUCUAGUCACUAAAGGGAAUCUUGCAUCCGUGCUUUGUCUCCAGGGAAAGAAUGAAGAAGCUCUGGCACUAAAUUUGGAGGUAUUAAAAGAGAGACGAAUCCUGUAUGAGGACAAUCAUCCCUUAAUUUUAUACACGAUGCGGGAAGUGGCCGGCAUAUUUGUCGACAUUGGACAGGAUUCCGAGGCUGAACCUGUUUACAAGGAGUUGUUGGCGGGUCAGUUGGAACGCUAUGGGCUGGGAAGCUCAGAACCAACAACAACCAAGCAAGAGCUGGCCACCGUCCUAGCAAAGCUUGGAAAAAAUGAAGAAGCCUUGCCCCUGUUGAUGGAAAGCGUUCCCGAACUGAUCCUUCUUUUGGGUGAGUCGCACGAGAUCACGCUAUACGGUAAGAAGCUCAUAUCCUUCGUAUUAUCUGCCAUAAUGGAGAACGAGGGGGAUCGUGCUGUAAAAUGGUCGCCAAAUGUCAGAGUACAAUCACAAACGCAAGAUUUCAAUUGGGCACAGGCAAACUUGCUGCACGACCUUGGCAUGUGUGUGGAGGCAGAGUCAGUUUAUUUAGAAAUGCUGAAGCAACCUGAAGUCAAGCGGAUGGAUACACUUAUAACGAAGAGUAAAUUGGCUGCUGUUCGAGGAGACUUAGGUAGAGUUGAGGAAGCCCUUCAACUAUACUUUGAAGUUGUAGGAGAGACCAAGGACCGUGUUCCCGCACACGAUGAAUUUCUUCUAACCAAUAAAAACAACGCAGGAGGUCUUCUAACUCUUCUGGGUAGAAGGAGAGAAGCAGAAGUUUUAUUCAAAGAAGUAAUUAAAGAAAGGGAACGACACUUAGGCCCGAACCAUCCUGAUACGGUAACAUCCAAAAGGAAUUUAGCCGCUGUCAGACAGCCUGGAAAGCGUGGUGGAUAUAUAGGGAUGUCAAGAAACGAUUUGGACGGUCCAACAAGCAGCUUUAUGUCGACACGAAUCGUGCUUGCAGCGGUGCACCCCUCCUCGUCGAGCGGAGGUGAGCGGAGCACUCACAAGUGGUAUGACGCCAUCGUGUCCAGCUUCAAGAAGUUAUGGAACCGCGUUGAAUAA